AUGAAGGCAGCGGGAGGAAGGCAGCGGGAGGAAGGCAGCGGGAGGAAGGCAGCGGGAGGAAGGCAGCGGGAGGAAGGCAGCGGGAGGAAGGCAGCGGGAGGAAGGCAGCGGGAAGAAGGCAGCGGGAAGGAGGCAGCGGGAAGGAGGCAGCGGGAAGGAGGCAGCGGGAAGGAGGCAGCGGGAAGGAGGCAGCGGGAAGGAGGCAGCGGGAAGGAGGCAGCGGGAAGGAGGCAGCGGGAAGGAGGCAGCGGGAAGGAGGCAGCGGGAAGGAGGCAGCGGGAAGGAGGCAGCGAGAAGGAGGCAGCGAGAAGGAGGCAGCGAGAAGGAGGCAGCGAGAAGGAGGCAGCGAGAAGGAGGCAGCGAGAAGGAGGCAACGAGAAGGAGGCAACGAGAAGGAGGCAACGAGAAGGAGGCAACGAGAAGGAGGCAACGAGAAGGAGGCAACGAGAAGGAGGCAACGAGAAGGAGGCAACGAGAAGGAGGCAACGAGAAGAAGGCAACGAGAAGAAGGCAACGAGAAGAAGGCAACGAGAAGAAGGCAACGAGAAGAAGGCAACGAGAAGAAGGCAACGAGAAGAAGGCAACGAGAAGAAGGCAACGAGAAGAAGGCAACGAGAUGAAGGCAACGAGAAGAAGGCAACGAGAAGAAGGCAACGAGAAGAAGGCAACGAGAAGAAGGCAACGAGAAGAAGGCAACGAGAAGAAGGCAAGGAGAAGAGCCAUAAUUUCAUCAGCCUGGACGUCCUGAGUGACGCCACAGGAUCACCAUCUCAGGUCAAGUGA